GGCCUCUCCUCCCAUAAGGCACCGCCCCCGGGCCAGCCUGUUUUCCUCUCCUGGGCGCGAGAAGCUACCCGCAAAGGCUGCUACGGCGCUCGGAACUUGACGCUAUGGGGCUUCCGGAGGAGCGGGGCCGGAGCGGGAGCGGGAGCGGGAGCCGGGAGCGGGAGGAGUCUGGACCCCGGAGCCGGGUGCGGAGUUGGUCUCCGCCGCCCGAGGUCAGCCGUUCAGCGCACGUCUCUUCGCUGCAGCGCUACCGCGAGCUGCACCGGCGCUCUGUGGAGGAGCCGCGAGAGUUUUGGGGAGACAUUGCCAAGGAAUUUUACUGGAAGACCUCAUGUCCUGGCCCAUUCCUCCAGUACAAUUUUGAUGUGACUAAAGGAAAAAUCUUCAUUGAGUGGAUGAAAGGAGCAACUACCAACAUCUGCUACAACGUACUGGAUCGAAUUGUCCAUGAGAAAAAACUUGGCGAUAAAGUUGCUUUUUACUGGGAGGGCAAUGAACCAGAGGAGACCACCCAGAUCACGUAUCGUGAGCUUCUGAUCCAAGUGUGUCGAUUCAGCAAUGUUCUCCAAAAACAGGGUAUUCGGAAGGGCGACCGGGUGGCCAUCUACAUGCCCAUGAUACCAGAGCUCGUGGUGGCCAUGCUGGCGUGUGCCCGCCUUGGGGCUCUGCACUCCAUUGUGUUUGCAGGCUUCUCUGCAGAGUCUCUAUGUGAACGGAUCCUGGAUUCCAGUUGCAGCCUUCUUAUCACUACAGAUGCCUUCUACAGGGGGGAAAAGCUUGUGAACCUGAAGGAACUGGCUGACGAGGCCCUGGAGAAGUGUCGGGAGAAGGGCUUCCCUGUGAGAUGCUGCAUUGUGGUCAAGCACCUGGGGCGGGCAGAGCUGGGCACAGGUGACUCUCCCAGCCAGUCUCCCCCCAUUAAGAGGCCAUGCCCGGAUGUGCAGGGUAAGCUGAAAGAGAAACCCAAACGCAUCUGGCCCCAGAUCUCCUGGAACCAAGGGAUUGACUUGUGGUGGCAUGAACUCAUGCAAGAGGCAGAGGAUGAGUGUGAGCCUGAGUGGUGUGAUGCUGAGGACCCACUCUUCAUCCUGUACACCAGUGGCUCCACAGGCAAACCCAAGGGUGUAGUACACACUGUUGGGGGCUACAUGCUCUAUGUGGCCACAACCUUCAAGUAUGUGUUUGACUUCCACGCAGAGGAUGUGUUCUGGUGCACAGCAGACAUCGGCUGGAUCACCGGCCAUUCCUACGUCACCUAUGGGCCAUUGGCCAAUGGUGCCACCAGUGUUUUGUUUGAGGGGAUUCCCACAUACCCGGAUGUGAGCCGCCUGUGGAGCAUCGUGGAUAAGUACAAGGUGACCAAGUUCUAUACAGCACCCACGGCCAUCCGCCUGCUCAUGAAGUUUGGAGAUGAGCCUGUCACCAGGCAUAGCCGGGCAUCCUUACAGGUGCUAGGCACAGUGGGUGAACCCAUUAACCCUGAGGCCUGGCUGUGGUACCACCGGGUGGUCGGUGCCCAGCGCUGUUCCAUCGUGGACACCUUCUGGCAGACAGAGACAGGUGGCCAUAUGCUGACCCCCCUCCCUGGUGCCACACCAAUGAAGCCUGGUUCUGCUACCUUCCCGUUCUUUGGUGUAGCUCCUGCAAUCUUGAAUGAGUCUGGGGAAGAGUUGGAAGGUGAAGCUGAAGGUUACCUGGUGUUCAAGCAGCCCUGGCCAGGAAUCAUGCGCACAGUCUAUGGGAACCAUGAACGCUUUGAGGCCACCUACUUUAAGAAGUUCCCUGGGUACUAUGUGACAGGAGAUGGCUGCCGACGGGACCGGGAUGGCUAUUAUUGGAUCACUGGAAGGAUUGAUGACAUGCUGAAUGUAUCUGGACAUCUGCUGAGCACAGCAGAGGUGGAGUCAGCACUUGUGGAACAUGAGGCUAUUGCAGAGGCAGCUGUGGUCGGCCAUCCUCAUCCUGUGAAGGGCGAAUGCCUCUACUGCUUUGUCACCCUGUGUGAUGGCUACACCUUCAGCCCCACCCUCAUCGAGGAACUCAAGAAGCAGAUUAGAGAAAAAAUUGGCCCCAUUGCCACACCGGAUUAUAUCCAGAAUGCACCUGGCUUGCCUAAAACCCGCUCAGGGAAAAUUAUGAGGCGGGUGCUUCGGAAGAUUGCUCAGAAUGACCACGACCUGGGGGACACGUCUACUGUGGCUGACCCAACUGUCAUCUGCCAGCUCUUCAACCACCGCUGCCUGACCAUCCAGUAAACAAGACCCUGCCCUUCACCCAGGCUUGCCCCUGCUUGGCUUUGCAAAGUUUUCCCAUCCUCCCUGCCCCCAUCCAGGAGUGCUGAGGGCCAGUGCAGACCCACACCACCUCUCUUGACCAGCUGUCUGGGACUGAGGACCAGCUUUGCCCCUGUGUGGAGGCAACUUCCUGUGGUUGCCAGAUAGAUAGGACAUGGCCCAGGUUAGCAUCAGCUUGCUGAGCCCCUAGACUUUAAGAGCCCUUGGAGCCCAGAACAGGACCUGAAGGUCAUGUCCCUUACUCAAGUUAAGAAUGUAGAGGGCAAGUGAGGGCCUAGACUGAAGCAGGUAAGCAGCUCUGUAAUCCUGUCAGCUCUCUCAGGAAGCACCACUACUUAUCUUGGGUAUGCAUUUUCCCUUAGAAAUGCCUGUUUGUGAGUCCCAGAACAAUUGAUUAUUAUUUUUUUAAAUACUUUGCUGGUUCUGUUCUGGAUCUGAAUUCCCUUUUGUGCCAGAUGGCAGUGCUUUUCUGCCCAUUUGCUUCAGGGGCUGUGCAGGCAGGCUCAGUUUCCAGAGGGUUUUCAGAUUAUCUGCUGCUUUGCCGGAGUAAAUGUGUUUUGUUCUUAGGGCCAGAAGAGCUUAUCUUCCUUGUCCUCUGUUCCCAUCCUUCCAUGAACAGUCCUUCCCAUAAGAGACACUCUCAGAUGAAAUUCUUCUUGCUCCAGUCAUUCUCAGGCCCUAUGGUUAUAGGAAUAAAGUCUGUGACCUUAAGAAGGCAGUGACUUGUUUUCUUAGGUGUCUUACAGACUGUGUACUUGC